AUGGAGGCUCCCCACAAGGCCCAUCACGCCUCCUCAUCCGGCACAAAGCAUGCCAAAAAGGAUGCCGCAAAGGGCAUAGACAGGUCUGGCGGUAACAGCUACAACCCCAAGGAAAGUGCAGCCUUCACAAACUCUUCCUUCCGAGCUGCCGAGAAGUCUGCGAGGAGAACCGCCGAGAAGGAUCAAAGGCGUCUGCACGUCCCCCUCGUCAACCGAAACCCAGACGAGCGGAAGGUCACCAAUGAGAAGGGCAAGGGCAUGGACGAGGGGUCACUGCCCCCUCCACCUAUUGUCGUUGGUAUCGUCGGCCCACCCGGUGUUGGAAAAACAACUUUGAUGAGGUCUCUUGUCAGGAGGUUUACCAAGCACAACUUGAGUCAGCCUCAAGGACCCGUCACUGUCGUUUCUGGCAAGACUAGGAGAAUAACUUUUGUUGAAUGUGGCAACGACCUCAACAGUAUGAUUGAUCUGGGCAAGGUCGUCGAUUUGGUUCUCUUGAUGAUUGACGGGAGUUUUGGAUUUGAAAUGGAAACGUUCGAGUUCCUAAACAUCCUCCAAUCCCACGGUUUCCCCAAAGUUCUCGGUGUCCUAACCCACGUCGACCUCAUCAAGAAGGCUUCCACCCUCAAAGACACCAAAAAGCGUCUCAAGCACCGAUUUUGGACAGAAAUCUACCAAGGUGCCAAGCUGUUUAGCUUGUCUGGUGUCUUGAACGGACGAUAUCCUGAUGCCGAGAUCAACCUGCUCUCCAGGUUCAUCUCUGUCAUGAAAUUUCGUCCGCUCGUCUUCCGAAACCAGCACCCAUACCUCCUUGCCGACCGAAUCCAAGAUCUCACUCCUCGAGAGGCCGUGCGUGAGAACCCUAAGAUGGACCGAAACAUCACUCUGUACGGCUAUGUCCGUGGUCCCAACCUUCCCCCGAGGAAUGCCAAGAUUCAUAUCCCUGGUGCGGGUGAUUUGGAGAUCAAGGAGGUCGAAAGACUUGCCGACCCAUGCCCGUUACCGACUCUGGAGAGCGAGAGAAGGCGAAAGAUGGGCGAGAAGGCCAAGUUGAUUCAUGCGCCCAUGAGUGAUGUUGGUGGCGUCAUGUACGACAAGGAUGCAGUGUACAUUAAUGUCCCGGGUAACUUUACCAAGGGUGGUGAAACUCUGCAAGGAGAAGGCGAAAAGAUGGUGAUGGAGAUGCAAGACGCCCAGAACACGUUUGCCGACAACAUUCAAAACUCUGAAAUUCGUCUCUUCGGCCACUCUUCCGCUCCUCUUCAAGCCCCUGUUCAGCGCGUCCGUCGACGUGCCGAGCCCCGCGCUGGUGGACCAAUGCUCGGCAAGGCGGACGAUGACGAGUUUGACGACGACAGCGACGAGGACGACUUUGAUGGAGAGGGCGAACCGAGAUUCGGGGAUGACGAGUCUGAGGGAGAUGAGAGGGAUGUGGCGUAUGCCGACUCGGAUUCUGAUCAUGACGAUCUUGCCUUUGCCACGGGUUUCCAACAAGACGGCAAGCGGAUCAAUUUCGAGGAUGAUGCGUUCCCAUCUGACGAGGAAGAUGACGAGGAGGGAGAUGAAGACGAGGAUGUGCCUGGUUGGAAGAAGAAUCUGUCUGGCCGUGCUGCUGAUGCGCUCGCCAGCCGUCUCGGCCGUCGACGCAACCUCAUGUCUCUUAUCUACGACUCGCCCCUCUCUCCCGAGGAAAUCUCUGCAGGCAAGACGAAAGCUUCCUCUGCCGAUGCUGGGUCUUCUCAUACUGGGGACGCCUAUACCGACCAAGGCUUCUACAAGGUUAGCCGCGAGGAGAACAAGGGUGAUGAAGGUGACCAGGUCAAGCAAGAGCUUGACAGGGACCAGCUGAGACAAAAAUGGGAGGGCGAUGAGAUGCUCGAUUCUCUCAAAGAAUUGUUCAUCUCUGGUCCCGUUGGCAAUGGUGGUGAGGUGGACGAGAAUGGCGAAGCCUACGAAGAUGAAGCUGGAGACUUUGAGGACCUCGGGGAGGAAGAAGUGGGCGAUGACGGUGUGCCGUAUGUCGGCGUCAAACCCAACCAACCGAGCUACGAAGACCAACGAGCUGCGGCAGCGGCCAAAAAGAAGGAGGCUCUCCGAAACAAGUUUGACGAGCAAUACGAUGAUUCGGAUGACGAGGGCGACAAGAUGGACUACUACGACCAGCAAAAGGCCGAGAUGGCCCGUCAGAGGCAGCUCAACCAGGACGAAUUUGAAGGUCUCGACCUCAAUGCGCGAGCUCAGAUUGAAGGUUACCGCUCGGGCUCUUACGUUCGUUUGGAGAUCAAUGAUGUUCCCUGCGAGCUCGUCGAAAACUUUGACCCUCGUUUCCCCAUCAUUGUAGGAGGUCUGCUCGCUGCGGAAGAGAGGUUUGGUUUCAUCACUGUGCGUAUCAAGCGACACAGAUGGUUCACCAAGACUCUCAAAGCCAACGAUCCGCUCGUAUUCUCCCUCGGUUGGAGACGUUUCCAGGCCAUGCCGCUCUAUCACCUCGACGAUCACUCGAUCCGAAAUCGAUACCUCAAGUACACUCCCGAGCACAUGCACUGUGCCGCUACUUUCUACGGGCCAGUAUCGGCGCCCAACACUGGUUUCUGUGCGUUCAACUCACUCCAAGGCGAUGCGCCAGGCUUCCGAGUGUCUGCCACCGGUGUCGUGCUCGAUGUCGAUCGAUCGACCAGGAUUGUGAAAAAGCUCAAGUUGACCGGUACCCCGUACAAGAUCUUCAAGAACACUGCCUUUAUCAAAGACAUGUUCAACUCUGGGUUGGAAGUUGCCAAGUUUGAGGGCGCGAAUAUCAAGACGGUGUCUGGUAUCCGAGGUCAAGUCAAAAAGGCUCUGAACAAGCCCGAGGGUGCCUACAGAGCCACGUUCGAGGACAAGAUCUUGAUGAAGGACAUUGUGUUCCUUCGAGCUUGGUACUCUAUCGAGCCCAAGAAGCUGUACAACCCUGUCUGCUCUUUGCUACUGGCCGAUAAAGACUCGUGGCAAGGAAUGAGGUUGACUGGUCAGAUUCGACGAGAAGAGGGUAUGAAGACUCCUCUGGAUCCCAAUUCUGCUUACAGGACUAUUGAGCGAACCACUCGUCGAUUCAACCCUCUCAAGGUGCCUCGCAAGCUCGCAGCUUCCCUCCCUUACGCCUCCAAGACGCCGCAACUCUCCAAGCAAAGCAAGCCCACGUAUAUGCAGUCUCGUGCUGUGGUGCUGAGCGACGACGAGAAGAAGGCCGUGACCAUGCUUCAGCAGAUCCAGACGCUGAAGAAGGACAAGGCGGCGAGAAGAAAGGAGAAGCAGGAUGAGAGGAAGGGCGAGUACCGCAAGAAGGUCGGGGAGAAGGAUGAGAAGAGGGAGAGCAGGAUCAAGGAGGAGCGACGGGAGCGAUUCAGGCAGGAGGGAUUGAAGAGGAAGAGGGACGAGAUGAGCGAGGGCAAGGGUCGAGGGGGCAAGAAGACGAGGGAGUAG